AUGGCGUCAACAUACUACCUCGGGACCUUCAUCCAGAGUCGCUCCCAAACCAACCUCGAAAUCGUCAAACAUGGCACAAUCCACGUCUCCGACGGAAUAAUCCGAUCAAUCCAUCGAGUGGGAGAGGACUAUAGCGAGUCAGACAGCCUCCUCCCUCCAUCACAGCUCCUAAGAAUGCUCGGCUACGACAUCACCGAACCACUCACAAUUUGGGAAAUUCCAGAGAACCACUUCCUCUUCCCGGGCUUGAUAGACACACACAUACACGCAAGCCAGUACCCAAACCUGGGCUUAUUCGGCAAGACGACACUCCUGGAAUGGCUAAACAAGUACACAUACCCGCUCGAAUCCAGCCUAACCGAUCCGGUGAGAGCGAAACGUGUGUAUACACAAUGCGUGAACCGCUCAUUGCAGAAUGGGACCACCACGGCAGCGUACUACGCAACGCAGAGCGCGCGGUCGACGAAUAUCCUGACGGACGUGCUCAUUAACCUCGGUCAGCGGGGCUUCGUAGGACGCUGUGCGAUGGAUUCAGACCUACAACCGGAAUCGUACCGCGACGAGAGCCCCAAGGCUGCGGUCCAUGAUACAAAGGUGUGCGUAGCGUACUGCAAAGAAGCAGACAAGAGUGGCAGAGUGCGCGGCAUCAUCACACCACGCUUCGCACCGAGUUGUUCGCGCGAUGCACUCCGAGGCCUCGGCCGCUUACUCGCGGACGGUGAGAAGGAUGGCCUCCUCUGCCAGACCCACAUCUCGGAGAACAAGCGCGAGGUGGCACUCGUAAAAGGGUUAUUCCCGGAGUGCAGUAGUUACGCCGAGGUCUACGAUACGUAUAACUUACUCACCCCCAGGACUGUGCUCGCGCACGGCGUUCACUUGACUGAAGAAGAGGUCGAGCUCAUCAAGAGUAAAGGGAGUGGGGUUUCGCACUGUCCGACGAGUAACAUGGCGCUGGGGAGUGGGAAUAUGUGGGUUAGGCGCUUGCUCGACAAGGGUGUUAAAGUAGGCCUUGGAACGGAUGUUUCCGGCGGGCACGACGUGAAUGUUCUUGAGGCGGCGAGGAUGGCGUGUUUUGCUUCGCGGAGUGUGGCGGAGGGUGGGAAGGGUGAGAGGAGCAAGAUUUCGGUAGAGGAGGCGCUGUGGCUUGCGACGAGGGGUGGUGCGGAGGUAUUAGGAUUGAAAGGAAAGGUGGGAGGUCUGGAGGUGGGCAUGGUUUGGGAUGCUAUCCUCGUCGGCCUUAAUGGGGUCCCCUUCAAUCUGUGCGGGGAGGGGGACGUCAAUGGGGCACCAAAUGGAAUCCAUCACGGAGGGAAAGGGGCCAAAAUCGGCGGCAAAGUGGACAUUUUUGGGUGGGAGAAUUGGGAGGAGAAAGUCGCCAAGUGGCUAUACUCGGGCGAUGAUAGGAAUAUCAGGGCGGUGUGGGUUGGCGGGAAGUUGGUUUGCCGGAAGAUGUGAGAUGGCGGAAGGAGUUGCGGGGGUUGCUGAUAGGAGGACGGUUUGAACCACCAUAACCGGUACAAUUCAUUGUUUUGUUUUACCCAAUCUUGCUCUACGCACUUUGAUAUUUUCCCGAGUGAAAGGAAGCAGCGGCUUGCAUACCGUGAGUACCUGAAUACCUGUAUAGGAGAGAUGUGCUAUGAUAUAUGACGUCGCAAUCGCCCCUCGUAGUAUUGCAAGGCACUGUGUAACUUAUUUUUUAUUUUUAUUUUUCCCCUCAGCUGAGGGCUAAGUUCCCGG